AUUCCUGGGAUUUUAAGCAGUCCACGCGCAACAUCUCCCCGACCAUCAACCAGGCGAACAUCGUCGUCUACAGCAUCCGCAUGUACUCCUUCAACAAGAUCGGGCGCAGCGAGCCCAGCAAGGAGCUCACCAUCAGCACGGAGGAAGCAGCUCCCGAUGGGCCCCCCAUGGAUGUCACCUUGCAGCCGAUGACGUCUCAGAGCAUCCAGGUCACCUGGAAGGCCCCCAAGAAGGAGCUGCAGAACGGGGUGAUCCGCGGCUACCAGAUUGGGUACCGGGAGAACAGCCCGGGCAGCAACGGGCAGUACAGCAUCGUGGAGAUGAAGGCCACGGGAGACAGCGAGGUCUACACGCUGGACAACCUGAAGAAGUUCGCCCAGUACGGGGUGGUGGUGCAGGCGUUCAACCGCGCGGGGACGGGGCCGUCGUCCAGUGAGAUCAACGCCACCACGCUGGAGGACGUUCCCAGCCAGCCCCCCGAGAACGUGCGGGCCAUCUCCAUCACGUCAGACGUGGCUGUGAUCUCCUGGUCGGAGCCUCCGCGCAGCACCCUCAACGGGGUGCUCAAGGGAUACCGGGUCAUCUUCUGGUCCCUCUACAUGGAUGGAGAGUGGGGCGAGAUGCAGAACAUCACGACCACACGGGAGCGAGUGGAGCUGCGGGGCAUGGAGAAGUUCACCAACUAC